ACUAUGCCCCAGACACCAAUAUUUUCCAGCAUGCUCGGUUCCAGUUGUAGUGGGCAGGUGCAGCCAGACAUGGGCGAGAGGUGUGGAGAUCCUGUUUACCAGGAUGGGAAUCUCGUCUCUGGAUCACUGGAGGCCCUGAUAGAGCGCCUGGUGCCCACCAUGGACUAUUAUCCAGAUAGGACUUACAUCUUCACUUUCCUACUGAGCUCCCGAGUCUUCAUCCACCCACACGAGCUCCUGGCAAAAGUGGGGCAGAUCUGCAUUAAGCAGAAGCAGCAGCUUGAGAUUGGGUCUGAGGCAGAAAAGCUAAAAUCCUUUGCUGCCAAGAUCAUUCAGCUCCUGAAAGAAUGGACAGAAACAUUCCCCUAUGACUUCCAGGAUGAGAAAUCCAUGAAGGAGCUGAAGGAGAUUGCUCACAGGAUCACACAAUGCGAUGAGGAAAAUGGAACCGUGAAGAAGAUCAUCAGCCAGAUGACACAGAAUCUACUGAUGACCCUCUCUGCAAGGAGUCAGUACCAGGAGAUAAAAGAGAAAUUCAGGCAACCUGUUACUGAUAAAGGAACCAUCCUUAAAAACAAGCCACAGUCGACCCAGAAGGAUAUACUGAGCAUAUGUUGUGACCCACUGAUCUUGGCGCAGCAGCUAACUCAUAUUGAGCUGGAGAGGGUGAGCAACAUUUACGCAGAGGAUCUGAUGCAGAUUGUCAGUCACAUGGAUUCCCUGGAUAAUCACAAGUGCCGAGGCGAUGUUACCAAAACCUACACCUUGGAGGCCUAUGACAACUGGUUCAACUGCCUCAGCAUGCUGGUGGCUACAGAGAUUUGUAGGGUUAUGAAGAAAAAGCAGCGGACGAGAAUAGUGGAAUUUUUUAUUGAUGUGGCAAGAGAGUGCUUCAACAUCGGAAACUUCAACUCAAUGAUGGCCAUUAUCUCCGGCAUGAACCUGAGUCCUGUCGCACGGCUAAAGAAAACCUGGUCCAAGGUCAAAACAGCCAAAUUUGAUGUUUUAGAGCAUCAUAUGGACCCAUCUAGCAACUUUUGUAAUUACCGGACAGCCCUGCAAGGAGCAGCACAGAGAUCUCAGACUGCCAACAGCAAUCGGGAAAAAAUUGUCAUCCCUGUUUUCAACCUGUUCAUUAAAGAUAUCUACUUUCUGCACAAGAUGCACACAAACCGCUUACCCAAUGGACAGAUAAACUUCAAGAAAUUUUGGGAAAUUUCAAGACUAAUUCAUGAUUUCAUAACAUGGAAACAAGUAGAGUGUCCUUUUGAGAAGGACAAAAAGAUCCAGAGUUAUCUACUCACGGCACCUAUUUACAGUGAAGAAGCUCUGUUUAUAGCAUCCUUCGAAAGUGAAGGUCCAGAAAAUCACAUGGAAAAAGACAGCUGGAAGACACUCAGGACAACUCUGCUUAAUAGGGCCUGA